UUAAGGUGCAGGAACUCAGGAAGUAGUUCGGUGCACGAAACCUCCUCAUCGCCGGUUGGCGACGCCGAUGGAAGACGAGAUCAUUCAACGGGUCUUAGAAGGCGGCGGCAGGGAUUAUAUCUCCUCCUCUUCCUCCGCCUCUCCCCCUUCCCCAACUCCCUCCUCCUCCUCCUCCAUUCUCCAGUCCCUCCCUCUCCACGUGUCCUUCGAUCAUGGCUAUUAUCUUCUUGUCAAGGCAAUUCAGGAACUGAGGGAUAAGAAGGAUGGGCACAUUGUCACCGUCGGGAUCGGUGGCCCCAGCGGAUCGGGGAAAACCAGCUUGGCAGAAAAGGUGGAGUCAGUUCUUGGCUGCCUUGUCAUCUCCAUGGAGAAUUACCGCAACGGAAAUGAUGAUGGGAACGACUUGGACUCGAUAGAUUUUGACACUCUUGUCGGCAACCUACAGGAUCUGAUGAAGUCUAAGGAUACUAAGAUGCCUUUGUUCGAUUUUCAAGAAAAAAGGCGAAUUGGUUUGCGGCAAUUGAAGGUUUCUUCUUCGGGUGUGGUAAUUGUUGAUGGUGCUUAUGCACUGCACUCUACACUACGCUCACUUCUUGAUAUCAGGGUUGCCGUGGUUGGUGGAGUCCAUUUUAGCCUUCUAUCUAAAGUAAGACAUGAUAUUGGAGAUUCAUGUUCUCUGGACUACUUGAUUGACAGUAUUUUCCCUCUGUUUCGGAAACAUAUUGAGCCGGAUCUUCAUCAUGCACAGAUAAGAAUCAAUAACAGCUUUGUAUCUUCUUUUAGAGAACCUUAUUAUAAGCUGAAAUGCAAAAAUGAGUCACCUAAUGGAAGUGUAUCAUACUCUAUAAAUGGAGAUGAAGGAGAAACAGAGAAUUUUAUUGAGAUGUAUCUUCGGCCACCAUUUACUUCUGAAGAAGCAAAGAUAAAUGAUUGGAUAAAAGUUCGACAAUGUGGUAUUAAAUACUAUUUGUCAUUAGGUGAUCAAAGAAUUGUGGAUAAAUAUUUCAUCAUUAGGCCAAAAGCUGAGUUUGAGGUUGGGCGGACAACCCUAGGUGGUUUGCUUGCUUUGGGCUACAAUGUGGUAGUCAGCUACAAGCGUGCAUGUACAUCCUUCUAUAAUGGUCAGAUUUUGAUUGCCAUAGAGAGUAUUGACACACUCAACGAGAGUUUCAUGGUGUUGAAGGGUACAAGCAGAAAAAUCAUUGGAUCAGAAGCUUCCUGCCUAGGAAUCAAUGGACCAUGGAUAACGAAAUCCUAUCUGGAAAUGAUUCUUGAAACCAAAGGUGUUCCACGACUCAAUUCGCCGCCACCUGCAUCUACUAAUCUUUUGGUUGGAAAUCAAAAUAGAGGCCUUGCUGUACCAAGACCAAUUCGUUUGCCUUCUAGUGUCCUUCCCAGGAUUGAGGAUGUAACACAGCCAUGGACAAGAUCCCCAACCAAAUCAGACAUGGAGCCUGUGCUACCAAGAUGGCAUUUCAUAUCAGGACGUGCAGAUUCUUCUGCUUUCAGGGGUAACCAACGACUUGCUCCAAUGCAUGAUUCAUAUGAUUUGGAUAGGGGAUUGCUUCUUUCUGUUCAAGCAAUUCAGGCUUUAUUGGAGAACAAUGGAUUCCCAGUUAUUGUAGGAAUCGGUGGUCCUAGUGGAUCUGGCAAAACUAGUUUGGCUCAGAAAAUGGCUAAUAUUGUUGGCUGUGAAGUUAUCUCCUUGGAAAGCUAUUACAAAUCUGAACAAGCAAAGGAUUUUAAGUAUGAUGAGUUCAGCUCCUUGGAUUUAUCUUUAUUGUCAAAGAAUAUUAGUGACAUAAGGGAACACCAUAAAGCCAAAGUUCCAUGCUUUGAUUUUGAAAAAUCUAGACGGAAUGGAUUCAAAGAGCUUCUGGUUUCAGAGGAUUCUGGCGUGGUGAUUUUUGAGGGCAUAUAUGCACUACAUCCAAAUAUUAGGAAGUCACUUGACUUUUGGAUUGCUGUUGUUGGUGGUGUUCAUUCACACCUUAUUGCGAGAGUUCAAAGAGACAAGAAUCGUGUUGGCUGUUCUAUAUUUCAGAAUGAGAUAAUGACAACUGUUUUCCCUAUGUUUCAGCAACACAUUGAACCACAUCUUGUUCAUGCACAUCUUAAAAUUCGCAAUGAUUUUGAUCCUGUACUUUCUCCUGAGAGUUCCUUAUUUGUACUUAAAAGUAACAAGCAGGUAUCAAACCCAGACCUACUUAAAGUGCUUGACCCUGGAAAAGUUUGCAGCUCCGUUCAGAACUUCAUUGAUGUUUAUUUAAGGCUUCCUGGAGUGCAUUCAAAUGGGCAGCUCGCAGAAGGAGAUUGUAUUCGUGUCAGAUUGUGUGAAGGAAGAUUUGCGUUGUUAAUACGAGAGCCUAUAAGAGAGGGGAAUUUCAUCAUACAACCGAAAGUAGAUUUUGACAUCAGUGUGAGCACUGUUGCUGGCCUUCUAAAACUUGGUUAUCAAGCUGUUGCAUAUAUUGAAGCUUCUGCAGUCAUCUAUCAAGAUGGAAAGAUACUUAUUGAGGUGGACCAUCUACAAGCUGCUUCCUGUCCCUUUCUUCAAAUUAAAGGAACAAAUAAAGAAGUAGUUUCAACUGCAGCUUCCAUUCUCAGUCUGCAUGGUUCAUACACAACAAAGAGUUACCUACAAAUUAUUCUCGAAAGCUUGCCCGAUUUUGGAAAUGAAUCUGAUGGAAUUCACAAUCAUCAAGCUGCUAGACUGCAGGACUUGGUGGAAUUUAUUCAGACACAAGCAGGAAAUCUAAACUAUGACGUAUCAACAAAAGAAAUUUUGCCAAGAGAUGCCAUAUUCGAAGACUUAAAUUGUAGGAUCAGGAAGCUGGAAAGAUGGAAUACGAUCAACAUGGUAAGUUCUAUUUAUGUCGACUACAUUUCUCCUAGAUGUAUGGGCCAAUUGGCCUCAAAGCUCUGGAUUUCUACAGGUGUUUUGGACUAUUCUGAUGUCUGCUAUUGUUGGUUAUUCCUUGUACCAAAGAAAGCGUCACUAGACAAACAAGUUAACCAAGUUGACUGAUUAAUUUCUCAACAAAUUUUUUUCACCCUGUAUGCAUUUAAAGGAAUUCAUUCAGCAUUCACCAAUCACAGAAGGCUGAGUCAUUAUUUGCCAGUUACUUGGCUUCCGGAAUGCUGGAACAUAUAUACUUUACUGCUGAUCCACCAAUUGGCUGUGGAGAAUACUAGAAUUAAAAGAGAUCUUCAUUGAAAGAGAACUUUGGUUUUACAUUUUUAGUACCAACAAAAUGUAGUUUCAUCACUGGCAAAAAAUUAAGUUAUAAUUUACAUAUUUAGCUUCCUCGCUGAAUGUGGCAUGUAAAUUAAUUGGACAUGAUCAUAGCAGGGCCACAAGUUUAUUUUCCUUUUCUCGUGUGUAAUUAACGGUACGGGACUGUUUGUAACUAAUUAUAAGCAGUGUUACAAUGUAAAUGGUUAUCAAGGUGUUUCUCAAAUCAA